GAACAGGGGGAUCACAAACAUCAGAAUGUAUCUCAGCAGCACACAGUAUCAGAAUUGGACUUUCCGUGACGAACAUGAAGUGGCAAAGUUGCGAUUUCAGGCCAAUCAUGACUUCAUUGCAAAAUUUGGGAGCAGUAUGUCAGGCUCCAGGCAGGCCCUCGGGCCAUCUCUAACUCCUCGCGGCAGGUCUCGUCAAGCUGCCCAAGCCAUGAUCUCCUAGGUCAUCCCACAGGCCUCCUCUUCCCAGGAUUGCCUCACAUAGAGACAACCUGGUGGGUGCGGUCAUCCACGGGGACACGAGCAAGGUGCCCAUAUAGCCUGAGUUGGCGAUCCCGGAUUAUCCACAGGAGAAGAUGCAGUUCUUCCUAUCAGUUGAAGAGGAGCACAUAAUGGUACGCACUUAUGAAUAUUCCUUGAGAGACUUUUGCAAAAAGUUCAGAGACCCCAGAGAUGGAAGAAUCAGGAUGCCUCCAGCAGUAACAACAACGGCACAACACUACUUUAAGAGAUUUUAUUUAUUCAAUUCUGUCAUGGAUUAUCAUCCCAAGGAAAUUCUAGUGACCUGUGUAUAUCUUGCUUGUAAAAUUGAAGAGUUUUAUGUCACAAUCAAUGAUUUUGUUCAUAAUGUAAGAGGAGAUAAGAAGAAAGCUGCCGAGAUUAUUUUAAACAAUGAACUGCAGCUAACACAAGAAUUACAAUUUCAUCUCAUUAUUCAUCAACCAUUCCGCCCAGUAGAAGGCUUACUCAUUGACAUUAAGACAAGGUUCCCACAGCUAAGAGAUCCAGAAAGAUUGCGACCCCAUGUGGAAGAGUUCCUUGAAAGGGUAAACUUAACUGAUGCGAUUAUUCUAUAUACUCCUGGUCAGAUUGCUUUAGCUGCAGUGACAACAGCUGUGAGCAGGUUAGGGGAAAACCUAGACCAGUAUGUCACCGAUAUCCUCUUCCCAAAUGACCAAAGACUGCAUCUCAAAGUCCUUAUAGAUGCUGUGAGAAAAAUCAAGAAGAUGGUUAAGAAUGCUGAACCUCCUGCCUCAGACACAGUGCGGCGUGAGAUUGAGGGCAAGUUAGAGAAGUGCAGAAAUCAGCAAAACAAUCCAAAUUCAUCCCAGUACCGGGCAAACUACUCAGAAUGGGAUGAUGAUGAAGUGAUGAUGGCUGCUUCCCCAAUGCAGGAAGACACAGCUCUUGGAGUAGAGAGAAUACGAUCACCAUCAAACUAUUAACUUACUGUUUUUUUCUCAUUAAUCAUUUACUAGAUUGUUUGUGUAAAGUGUGAAAGUAAUUUCUGAAAGAUAAAGGAAACCCUUAGGUUUUUUCUAUCUUAAGUUAAGAAAGAGGGAAGAAAAAAAUUAGAUAUGUUUAAAUGAAAAACUUUUAUUUUAAACUCCUUCUAGUGAAAAGAUAGAAAAAUAAAGAAAAUGUGUCCAAAAGAACAUACUCAAAUUGAAUGAAUAUCAACAAGUCAUGGUGUAACACAUUAAACGUUUAGUUUUGUAUAAAAAAAUAUUUUUCUGUCCCUUUAGAUUUAGAAGAAUGUAUAUAAUAAUAUAAACUGUUUGCAUAAUCAAACUUAAACAAAAAUCCAUUUUAGGGCAACAUAAAUAGAAUUCAUCCAUGUGGAGGGUGCUGACUACUAUAUAUGAAUAAGGAGACUAACUCAAGGUAUUUUUUUCCUCCAGUGUGAUAAGCCAAAUCUGAAAGCCCAUUUCCACUUUAAGGACUGUGCCCAAAAAACUUCCAUGAUACAAUACUAGGACUGAUGCAUUUAUAAAUGCAUCAGAGAAAUAAAGUUGUAAUUAUUAA